CCAAUGUAGGCGUGCCAGCAGCACGAGCACGUUUUAAUUCUCAGUCCUCGCUUCCUUUACCCUCCCGGCGGCAAAACCCUUCAUUCCUGUUGUUUCUUCUUCUCCUCUGCGAAAACCCUAGCUCCAAUGGACGACAAUUUGUACGACGAGUUCGGCAACUAUAUCGGCCCCGAUAUCGACUCUGACCGAGAUUCCGACGAUGACGAAGACUCAAACGAUGCAGUCGGCAAGUCCCCCGGCGGCGAAUCUCUCCAUUCCGAUGAGGAAGGCGCCUCACCCGUCUCUGCUUCCAAUGGUUGGAUGACCUCCACCGGUGGCGGACUCGAUGACAUGGACACCGAUCCCUCCGCUUCGCAAAUCGUUCUUGCGGAGGACAAGAAGUACUACCCGACAGCCGAGGAGGUCUAUGGCGACGGUGUCGAAGCUCUCGUCAUGGAUGAGGAUGAGCAGCCCCUUGAGCAGCCGAUAAUCAAGCCUGUUCGUUCCAUCAAGUACGAGGUUAGCUCUAAGGAGUCGUCCACUUAUGUCUCCACUGAGUUCCUCCUCGGUCUUGCCUCCAACCCUGCCCUCGUUCGAAAUGUUGCGCUCGUUGGUCACCUCCAACACGGGAAGACUGUGUUUAUGGACAUGCUUGUUGAACAGACCCAUGGGAUUUCGACCUUCGAUACGGAGAGGGAACGGCACAUGAGGUACACGGAUACCAGGAUCGAUGAGCAGGAGAGGCAGAUAUCCAUUAAGGCUGUGCCCAUGUCCCUUGUGCUAGAAGACAGCAAUGCUAAGUCCUACCUCUGCAAUAUAAUGGACACUCCCGGGCAUGUUAACUUCUCCGACGAGAUGACAGCGGCACUACGGCUUGCGGAUGGGGCGGUACUAAUUGUGGAUGCUGGUGAAGGUGUAAUGGUAAAUACUGAGCGGGCUAUACGUCAUGCUAUACAAGAGAGGCUUCCCAUUGUAGUUGUGAUGAAUAAAGUUGAUAGGCUAAUUACUGAACUAAGGCUACCUCCAAAUGAUGCUUAUUUUAAGCUGAGGCAUACAUUGGAAGUAAUCAAUGACUUGAUCACUUCAUUCUCCACCACUGCUGGAGGCACCCAGAUUAUUGACCCUGCAGCUGGAAACGUUUGCUUUGCUGGUGCGAAUGCGGGAUGGUCUUUCACAUUGCAGUCAUUUGCUAAAUUAUACGUGAAGCUUCAUGGUAUCCCAUUUGACUCUUCAAAGUUUGCUUCACGUUUGUGGGGAGAUGUUUACUAUCAUCCUGACAGGACCUUUAAAAAGAAGCCCCCGCCUGGUGGGGGUGAAAGGUCAUUUGUUCAAUUUAUUCUUGAACCAUUGUACAAAAUUUAUAGCCAAGUCAUUGGAGAGCAUAAAAGGAGUGUUGAGUCAACUCUUGCAGAAUUAGGUGUAACUCUGAGUAAUGCAGCUUAUAAAUUAAAUGUUCGACCUUUACUUAGAUUGGCUUGCAGCUCUGUCUUUGGAUCAGCGACUGGUUUCACUGACAUGCUUGUUCAACACAUUCCUUCUGCCAAAGAUGCUGCAGCCAAGAAGGUAGAGCACAUAUACACAGGGCCUCAGGACUCUUAUGUUGCCGAGGCAAUGAAAGACUGUGAUCCAUCAGGAGUUCUGAUGGUUAAUGUUACCAAACUAUAUCCGAAGUCGGAUUGCAGCGUAUUUGAUGCUUUUGGGCGAGUUUACAGUGGGACCAUUCAGACUGGUCAGACCAUUCGCGUCCUCGGUGAAGGGUAUUCACCGGAUGAUGAAGAGGACAUGACUGUCAAAGAGGUCUCAAAACUUUGGGUUUAUCAGGCUCGGUACCGUAUCCCUAUUAGCAAAGCUCCUGCUGGUUCAUGGGUUCUUAUAGAAGGUGUUGAUGCAUCAAUCAUGAAGACUGCAACAUUGUGCCCUAUGGAUAUGGAUGACGAGAUUUAUAUUUUUAGGCCUCUUCGGUUCAAUACAUUGCCAGUUGUUAAGACUGCAACAGAACCAUUGAAUCCAAGCGAGCUACCCAAGAUGGUGGAGGGUCUGCGGAAAAUUAGCAAGAGUUACCCUCUGGCAGUCACCAAGGUUGAGGAGUCAGGAGAACACACUAUUCUUGGGACAGGAGAGAUAUAUCUUGAUUCAAUUAUGAAGGACCUCAGAGAGCUUUAUUCUGAAGUGGAAGUUAAAGUAGCAGAUCCAGUAGUCACUUUCUGUGAAACAGUUGUGGAAUCAUCUUCGAUGAAGUGUUAUGCUGAAACACCCAAUAAAAAGAACAAAAUAACUAUGAUAUCCGAGCCACUAGAGAGGGGAGUCGCUGAAGAUAUUGAGAAUGGUGUUGUCAGCAUUGACUGGAGUCAAAAGAAAAUUGGCGAUUUCUUUCAAAAAAGGUACGAGUGGGAUCUACUUUCUGCGAGGUCAAUUUGGGCAUUUGGACCAGAUAAGCAGGGGCCUAACAUCUUAUUGGAUGAUACCCUUCCUAGUGAAGUUGACAAAAAUCUUCUCAAUGCUGUGAAGGACUCCAUCGUUCAGGGAUUCCAAUGGGGAGCUCGAGAAGGGCCUCUUUGUGAUGAACCUAUUCGGAAUGUGAAGUUCAAGAUCUUGGAUGCUUCUAUUGCUUCUGAGCCUCUUCAUAGAGGUGGUGGUCAGAUUAUUCCGACUGCUCGACGUGUGGCCUAUACUGCUUUUCUCAUGGCAACCCCAAGGCUUAUGGAACCUGUUUACUAUGUUGAGAUCCAAACUCCAAUCGAUUGUGUAUCUGCAAUCUACACUGUAUUAUCUCGAAGGCGAGGCCAUGUAACUGCUGAUGUGCCAAAGCCUGGGACCCCUGCGUAUAUUGUGAAAGCUUUCCUACCAGUUAUCGAGUCAUUUGGCUUUGAAACAGAUUUGAGGUACCAUACUCAGGGUCAGGCGUUCUGCCUCUCAGUUUUUGAUCACUGGGCCAUAGUGCCUGGUGAUCCACUUGAUAAAAAUAUUGUGCUACGCCCUCUUGAACCAGCACCUAUUCAGCAUCUUGCUCGUGAGUUUAUGGUCAAAACAAGGCGUAGGAAGGGUAUGAGCGAGGAUGUGAGCAUCAGCAAAUUCUUUGAUGAAUCUAUGAUGAAUGAGCUAGCUCAGCAGGAUGCAGAGUUACAUCUCCAGAUGACAUAAAAGCUCAUCAUUGGGCACUAUUUGUGUAUCUUGCUUGCGUAAGGUACAAUUAAGUCCAUGAAAGAUGCUUCUUCAGUAGAUUUUAGGUAUGGCUUUCAAAAUUUUGAACUCUUGCUCUUUCAUUGUCUGCUUUUUCAUAGGGGUAUUAUUUGAUGGUUUAUGGCACAUCGAUUGGAGGGUAUGAAGUUAAAUUUAGGAGUUAUUUGAUUAUGAGUAUUUAAAAUACAUCUGUAUUCUAAAUGCAAUGUAAAUUGAAUACACUGUAUUUUAAUUUCCUUAGGUAUUUUGAUUGGUUGAAAUCUAUAAAAA